AUGGCAAAUUACCAUCCAUUCAACCACAAAAACAAUGAUCACCACUCAGCCAUCACCAUUCCAACACUAACCUCAACCCCAAGGUCAUCCUCUCGUUGUUGGAUGGCGUUGGAAAUUUUGGCCACCCUUCUCUUGUUCCUUAUUCUCUCCUUCUCUACACUCUGCCAUGGUCAGCAGCAAUCUUUCUCGUCAAGCACCUCUGCCCUCCCUCUCUCUCGUGCCUAUCAAUACAAUCAAUCAUUGAGAGAGGACGGUUCAUUUGAUAUAUUGUGGUCCAUUGACGAAUCGACUCAAGACUUGUACAUGGCCAUGUCGGUUCGAACGUUAGGUUGGGUCGGCUUUGGUUUUCAUAGUUUUCGAGAUCCAUACUCACCAACUCCAGUUCAAGUUCAAGGCAUGUCUCGAGUCGAUAUGGUGAUUGGUUGGAAGGAUGGAAUAAGUGGAGUGGCCCAUGUGUAUGAUACGUUUGCUGUGUCAAAUUCAAGACCUCUACAAGAUGUUCAGUUAGGUGGAAAGGCAGAUGUACAUUUGGUAGCUUCCUAUGAAGGCAAUGGAAGAACCAUUAUUGAAUUUAAGAGAAAACUCAACACUGGAGAUGUUUAUGACGUGGCCAUUCAACGAAACAUGUCACUGAUUGCCCUGUACGCUUAUUCACAAUAUGACCCAGCAAAUAAUGAUUACAAUGCACUUCCCAUACAUUCGGUGGAUUCAUUUGCAGUGAUUCCAAACUUUUGGCCACACCACCCACAACUUUCACAAAAUCAAACCAAUUCGACACAAUUAUCAGGCAACACGACCUUCACUUUUGGAAGUGUGUCUAUGACCAAUGGAACUGUCUCAAGUAAUGGCACAGAUAUGAGUCACGAAACGAAUAGGACCAGCUCUUCGACAAUCUCCUCUUACAAUAAUAUUAAUAAUAAUACCAACAACAACCAUAAUGGAACAGUGCCACAAACAAAUCCUCCAGCAAAACCUUCUUUAUCAGGUGGUAAAACAAUGGCCUCUUCUUCCUCGUCCACUAACUUGUCUCCGUUGUUCUCAAAAAUAGUGAGUAAGAUUCCUCCACCACCACACGGAAAAUCUCAGGCAGCAGAAAAUAAGCACAUGAAUUGUGCUAGAGGGUUGACAUUCUUAAAUGUGAAAUUUUGCAUUGUGUAUGCGUUGGUGGUGCUGAUUGUAAAAUUUGCUUUUGAGAAGUAA